UCGACACACAACUGGAGAAACGACGCGAGCUCCUCGUUGGAAAAGAAGAAAAACCUGGAUGGCUUGAUAUGAAGAGCGGGAGGACUUUGAUUUAAAAGAGAAACCCCGCGUCAGACCACGACUUUAAUGAAAAGGAGGACCUGGAAUCAUAACUGAAGACAUAGCUGUGUUCCUGUUCCAAAGACAAAAUGAGUUGGAGCUUCCUCACACGCCUUUUGGAUGAGAUUUCCAAUCACUCCACCUUUGUGGGCAAGAUCUGGCUCACCCUCCUCAUUGUUUUUCGGAUUGUGCUGACGGUUGUUGGAGGAGAGUCGAUCUACUACGAUGAACAGAGUAAAUUUGUGUGUAACACGCAGCAACCUGGUUGCGAGAACGUAUGCUAUGACGCCUUUGCACCAUUGUCGCACAUUCGCUUCUGGGUGUUUCAGGUGAUUAUGAUCACCACUCCCACCAUCAUGUACCUUGGGUUUGCUAUGCACAAGAUUGCUCGCAUGGAUGACGAUGACUACAGGCCCCAGGGCAGGAAGAGGAUGCCUAUAGUGAGCCGUGGUGCUAACAGGGACUACGAGGAAGCGGAGGAUAAUGGGGAGGAGGAUCCCAUGAUCAUUGAAGAAAUUGAGCCAGAAAAGGAAAAGGAGGUUGCGGAAAAGCCCAAGAAAAAGCACGAUGGGCGCCGUCGCAUCAAGAGAGAUGGCCUGAUGAAGGUCUACGUGUUCCAGCUGUUAUCACGUGCCAUCUUUGAGGCCUCCUUCCUGUUUGGACAGUACAUUCUUUAUGGUCUGGAAGUGGCACCGUCGUACGUAUGCACACGUUCCCCUUGCCCACACACAGUGGAUUGCUUCGUGUCACGCCCAACAGAGAAAACGAUCUUCCUGCUUAUAAUGUAUGCCGUCAGCGCCUUGUGUCUCCUCUUUACCCUGUUGGAGAUCCUGCACCUUGGCAUCAGUGGUAUCCGUGACUGCUUUUGCACGCCACGACCCCGGCACCCCACCCCACGACCCUCAGCUCUGGCCAGCCAGAGGUCCUCCAUCUGCCGCCAGCCCUCUGCGCCUCCAGGCUAUCACACUGCUUUAAAGAAGGAUCCAUCUGGAAAACUGGGAUUUCGAGAUAACCUGGGAGACUCGGGUCGCGAGUCUUUCGGGGACGAGGCAUCGUCUCGGGAGCUGGAGAGGCUGCGCAGGCACCUAAAACUGGCCCAGCAGCAUCUUGAUAUGGCAUACCAGAACGAAGAGAGCAGCCCGUCACGCAGCAGCAGCCCUGAAUCUAACGGCACUGCAGUGGAGCAGAACAGGCUAAACUUUGCCCAGGAAAAGCAGAGCAGUACCUGUGACAAAGGUCUUCGUGCAUAGAUUCUCAUCAGCUGGGCAGUUAACAUGAGGAGCAGUGAGAGGACACAAGGGAUUUGAACAAAGGGGAGUUUGUAUGUGUGAGUGGGAUGUUGUGAAAUUGCUUGAGGUGGAUGAAGUCAGCCCAAGCCUUCCAGUGUUAUGGCCGACUGUGGUCGAGCAUCGGUUCAAAUUGCAAGAACGGUCGUCUCAACCCAGCAAUACUCGAGACACAAGCCGGUCUGAAGAUCCAAAGUGCUUACAAACUGCCAUAGUGCAACAAGAACAGUUAAGGUUACCAUGUGCUUCUCCCUCAGGGCAGCUAUUUUUUUUUUAAUAAUUAACUUUAAGUCUUAGAGCUAUUAGUCAUUUUUAUGAGUUUGUCCUCCAUUGGAUGUUCAGUGAUUGCAUCUCAAGUUUGCAUUAGAUUAAAACUGGAAAACUUAAUGGGAUUUUUCUAAGGCCAAGCCAGAUGUGCAAAAAAAAAAAAAGAUGUUGAAACUGUAAGAAUUUUGUGUUUUGUGCAGAAGUGAGAGUGCUUUUACAUGCAAACAAAGGGUUAAUGGACACGGCACCACUCAUAAGGAAAAGGUACUGGAGUUACUGUCAUGCUGAUGAAGACUUUGAGGUGUAACAUUUCAUACAAAGGUUUCCCUCAAGUGUGUCAAAUGAUUUGUUUUUGUUAUUUUGAUGAUGUUGCACCAGUCAACAUUCCCAAGUCUGGUGCCUGACUGGUGACUGGAACACACUUGGGAUGCCUUUGUCCAAAGGAAUAAACAAACCUGGGUAAUGCUUGAAAACCAUUUAACUCUUGAUAAUGACUUGUAUUGUUUUAAACAUUUAAUACUGUAUUUUUGUAUUAGUUGUAAGUGUUGUUGUCUUGACUCUUGUCACUGUGGCCAACACGUUUGGGAUUGUUUUGUUUUUCUCCCUGUUUUUCAAAGAAUAUUUGCUACUGUCUUAGCUCCCUGAUGCCAGAUUUUGUUGGACUGGUGCAUUCUGUUUGGUACAGUUUGAGAUAAUAUUGCAACACUUUUCUCUUUAAUAUUUAAAUACUUUUGUUUUCUUAUUUUAUUAGGUACACAUCAUGUAUGACCACAAGAAAUGUUAACUUUUGUUUUUUUUUCUUUUGGUUAAGUGGGGAUAAAACUGUAUCUGUUUGAUAUCUGAAAGUGCUGAUUGCUGGAUGAGUGUUUUCACUGUUCCAGGAUCUGUAAUCAAAUCAAUGUGAAUUUAAUGCCUUGAACGCGCUCUGAUGAGAUGCCAUCUUUUUCUAUUCUGAAUAAUACCCACAGUGCCAAUUCAUAUUUUCAUCUCAAGUUAUUUUUGAACAAUGCUUUUUGUACUUUUUAUACUUUUUGUAUUGAUAGAACUUUGUGGUUAGUUUUAAAAUAAAAAUC